GACAUCCACCAAGGAGAGAGCCGAUACAACAACACGGUUGAUCUGCUCAAACACAAAAAUCUACCUGCUUUCUGAAUCAUGUCGUUGAGCCCAAAGCACACAACGCCUUUUUCAGUGACAGAUAUUUUGAGUCCAAUCGAGGAGACCUACAAGAAGUUUGGUGGCAUGGACGGCGCAGGGAACCUAACCUCUCCACUGGGAGCCUACCGACAGCCUCAGGUGUCUCAGACCGGCAUGCAACAGCACUCCAUGGGCCAUAACGCCACCGUGGCCACCACUUACCACAUGCCGCAUACCGUCUCCCAGUUCUCCCACAGCGCAAUGGGGGGAUACUGCAAUGGAAGCAUUGGCAACAUGGGAGACCUCCCGUCGUACCAGGAAAGCAUGCGGAAUAGUGCAGCAGCAACAGGGUGGUACAGCGCCAACCCUGAUCCAAGAUACUCCACAAGUAUGAACAUGACCGGCAUGGGGGGUCUCACCGGAAUGGCGGACGCCACCAAAUCCAUGCCAGCUCUCCACGCUGCGCCCAGGAGGAAACGGCGCGUCCUGUUUUCGCAGGCUCAGGUCUACGAGCUGGAGAGGAGGUUUAAGCAGCAGAAAUACCUGUCAGCGCCUGAGAGAGAGCACCUGGCCAGCAUGAUUCACCUGACACCGACCCAGGUGAAGAUCUGGUUUCAGAACCACCGGUACAAGAUGAAGCGCCAGGCCAAGGACAAGGCAGCGCAGCAGCUGCAGCAGCAGCAGCAACAGGACGGUAACCUGUGCCAACAGCAGGCGCAGUCCCCGAGGCGCGUUGCCGUGCCAGUUCUGGUGAAGGACGGUAAACCGUGCCAGAACGGCUCUAACACGCCGACGCCGAACCAGCAACAGGUACAACAGAGCCAACAACAAAGCCAACAACAGAACGGAGCCGGAGUUGUGCUCGCAUCCUCGACCAGCAGCCUCAGCCAGCAUCAAAGCCAGCAGCAGGUGAACGCUUUGGAGCUGGAGGAGAUGUCGCCCAGCCCCCCCUCACUGCACAGCCAGCUCAACAUGGCCCAGAUAGACACAUCUGCUGUAGAUUACACCAGUAACAUGGUCAGCUCAAACCUCCUCUACGGCAGAACGUGGUAGGACUUACUACAAUACUGUCACUUUUCAACUUUUUCUAUGUGAACCUGCGGAUGAGCCCA